AUGUUCGCCCGCCGCUUCACAGCUACCGUGCCUCGCACCGUCGGCAGCCAAUCUGCCCUCUUCCAUGCCACUCGUCCCGCCUUUGUCAAAGUCGGCGAUGCCGUUCCCAACGUCGACCUCGUCGAAGACUCUCCCGGCAACAAAGUCAACCUCUCCAAGGAAUUGACCGGCAAGGGAGUCAUUGUCGGUGUUCCCGCUGCUUUCAGCCCGGCUUGCUCCAGCACCCACGUCCCCGGCUACAUCAACCAUCCCGCCCUGAGAAACGCCGGAAAGGUAUUUGUCGUCUCGGUCAACGAUCCGUUCGUGAUGAAAGCUUGGCGCGCGAGUCUUGAUCCUACUGGCAAGAGUGGUGUACGCUUUUUGGCAGAUCCCGCCGGCACUUUUACAGACGCCCUGGAACUUGGAUUUGACAGCGCGACCAUCUUUGGCAACCAGCGGAGCAAGCGUUAUGCCUUGGUGGUUGAAGAUGGGAAGGUGAAGGAAGCCCAUGUUGAGCCGGAUAAUACUGGUGUUAAUGUCUCCGCUGCUGAGAAGGUCCUCGCUUGA